AUGAAAUCCCCUGUACAAGGAAGACCGUUGUGUCUUUACACCGCCUUCAGUGAUACUGUUGUUGGAACCCUCCUCGCUCAAGAAGACGACGAAGGGAUCGAACAUACCAUAUACUACUUCAGUCGAACAUUAAGAGAUGCUGAACUCGGAUACCCCAAAGCGGAAAAUGCGUGUCUGGCUCUAAAUUAUUCCAUCCAAAAGUUCCGACACUACCUUCUCUCCAACAAGGUGGUACUGAUAUCCAAAUCUGAUCCUAUAAAGUUUCUCCUCUCAAAACCGGCCCUGAUAGGGAGACCGGAUAAAUGGCUCCUUCAGAUGUCAGAAUUCGACAUAACGUGUGCUUCCCCGAAGGCUAUUAAAGGACAAGCUGUUGCAGAUCUGUUAGCAGCACUCCUAGGAGAAAAUACUUUAAAGUUACUUGAGGGUCUUCCUGGAGAUCCUCCAGAAGUUUUUCUAGUCAAAGAAGAGGCAUGGCUACUAUUCUUCGACGGCUCUUCCACCCCUAGUACUAACACCGGAGGAGCAGGCGUGGUUCUGGUAUCCCCUGCUGGUGAAGUCUUCUCGUAUUCUUUCAAGCUAUACUUCCCUUGCACUAACAACUCAGCGGAAUACGAAGCCUUCCUCAUAGGACUAUCACUGGCUAAACAAGCUGGGGCCACACGUCUGGAAAUAAGAAGUGAUUCCAAACUACUCGUCAACCAGAUGAACGGAAUCUACGCGCUAAAGGAAUUAACACCGGCGUCAUAUAGGGCUGAAGCACAAAAACUGCUAAACUACUUCGUUGAUGUAACCAUCACACACAUCGGACGUAAUAGCAACAAGCACGCUGAUUGUCUAGAUACACUAUCAUCAAAGCUGCAGUUCGAAGGAUUCGAAGAAACCCUGACAGUGAAAAGGCGAACCAUAGCUUCCACGUGGCUUCCGCUACCUAAGAAGGACGGAGAAGAUGACUGGAGAACUCCUAUUAUCCAGGAACUCAACAGCUCACUUUCCCAGGGUAAGGUCAGUCUCAAGACUUUGCGAAGUUUCUUUAUGCUUCAAGGCGUUCUAUACCAUCGAAACCCAGACGGCUCCCUGUCGGUAUGCCUCGGAAAGGAAGAGGUGCAACAUCAACUUGACCGCGUCCAUGACGAGGUAUGUGGGAUAACAUCGGUAGUAACCCUCUAUCGUCGUUUACAACGACUUGGUUACUACUGGCCAGGUUACUACUGGCCAGAGAUGGAGGCUCAAUCCCGAUCGCUUCAGAAAACAUGUUCCAAUUGCCAAGCACCACCGCAUCAGUCAGAAUUCUUCAAUAUUAAUCUCGCUGGGGACUGGCAGAGGUCGUACAUCAGCUACCUCUGCGAUGGCAUACUCCCUACCAACAAAGAAAACGCGUCCAAGAUAAAAGACGAAUCCAAAAAGUUUGUGUUCCAUGACAGGAUUUUAUAUCGCAAAAGUUUUGGAGGAAGUUUACUGCGAUGUUUGAAUGAGGCGUAA